ACAGAAAAUGUGUCAAUCGAGUAGAAAGGGGUGGGACCUCCUUCCGGCAAACAACAGGAUGUGAUCUCCUAACUGCCGUCAUUUCCGCCAGAUAGCAACAGAAAUGUCGGUUCGUAGGGCCACGUUUUGAAGAAAGGUAUGUUUUUAGCUUUUAGUUCUUGUUAAUUAUGCGGAAACUAUUUUAAAGCACACGAGUGUGAGUUUAUUUACCGCCUUCUCCUGGAAAAUCUUGCUAAGAGACGCGGAGUUUCUUCGCCGGGGUAAACUUAAAACAACUCCCGAUCCCGACCCGCCAAAAGCCGCGGAGAUUCACCGAGGAAGUGACCAUUUUGUCCAGAGAGUGAAACCAUGAGUGGUGGAUUCAACUUCAAUCAGCCUUCGGGCUUCUUCCCAGCCCAGAAGACCACCGCUGCUGCUCCCGCCGCAGGUUUCACUUUAACAAACUCCGCUCCUGCACCCACCGGAGGCGGCUUCAGCUUCGGGACUCCCACCAGUCAGACCAACACCAACCCCAUCCCCACCGGCUCCUUCAGCUUCGGUAACCCGGCGAAGAGCUCUGCACCCGGUACGGGUUUCUCCUUUGGGACCCCCACCACCACAUUUGGCCUGGGCACGGCCCCUCAAACCACAGCGGCGGCCCCGGGGCUCACUCUAGGCUCCAUGUUGGCUCCCUCCACGGGGACUGGGUUCACUCUGGGCGGGGGGUUGUCCUCUCAGACCACCGCUGCAGCUCCUGCAGGUGGUGGCUUCACCUUCGGAAGUGCCGCUCAGGCUCCAGCUCCAGCUGCAUCAACAGCUGCACCUGCAGCUACGACAGCAGCAGCAGCAGGCGGCGGCGCUCCGUUUGGAGGCUUCAGCUUCGGGGGGUCCAAAGUCCUGGUGACCACAGCUGCAGCAUCUCCUGCUCCAGCUGCACCAGCACCAACAGGAGCAGGAGGUGGAGGAGGGUUCAGCUUCGGCACCACUGCCCUCUCCACCUCAGCAGCUGCGACAACCCAGAGCGGAGGUGGAGGAUUCAGCUUUGGGGUGAAACCAUCGUCAACCCCGGCUCCGCCUGCCUACACCCAAGCUGCCUCUGCGGCUCCUUCAGGUCCAUCUCUGUUUGCUUCACCCCUCACCACGGCGACAGCAGCUCCUGCAGCAACCACAGGGUUCUUGCUGGGGACAGCUCCGGCAUCAAUAGCGAGCACCGCAACACCGUCAGCUACGGGCGGGGGACUUAACUUCACCCUCAAGCCUCUGGGGUCAGCCGCUACCACAGCUGCUGCCUCCACCACCACCACAGCUCCAGCCGCCACGACUGGCACCGCUGUCGGCUUCAGCCUGGGAGUCAAACCUCUGUCCAGCACCGCCAUGAUGGCCACCACAACAGCCGCAAGCCUCACCACUACCACCGCCGCCACCACUACGAAUCCUCCUGUGAUGAGCUACGCCCAGCUGGAGAGCCUCAUAAACAAGUGGAGCUUGGAGCUGGAGGACCAGGAGAGACACUUCCUGCAGCAGGCGACGCAGGUGAACGCCUGGGACCGCAUGCUGGUGGAGAACGGAGAGAAGAUCACGUCCCUGCACAAGGAGCUGGAGAAGGUGAAGCUGGACCAGCGGCGGCUCAACCAGGAGCUGGACUUCAUCCUGUCGCAGCAGAAGGAGCUGGAGGACCUGCUCUGCCCGCUGGAGGAGUCGGUGAAGGAGCAGAGCGGCACCAUCUACAUGCAGAACGCCGACGAGGAGCGAGAGAGGACGUACAAGCUGGCCGAGAACGUGGACGCGCAGCUGAAGAGGAUGUCACAGGAUCUGAAGGAGAUCAUUGAUCACCUGAACACUUCCAGCGGACCGGCAGACACCAGCGAUCCGCUUCAGCAGAUUUGUAAAAUCCUCAACGCCCACAUGGAUUCUCUGCAGUGGAUCGACCAGAACUCAGUUCUGCUACAGCGGAGGGUGGAGGAAGUGUCCAAACUGUGUGACACGCAGCGCAAGGAGCAGGAGAAAACCUUUCGUUUAACCUUUGACUGAAAUAAAUAGAUCUGAAUGUGCAUCGACGUAAUGCUACGUUUUGGGAAUUCCUUAUUUCUCCUUUGGCUGUUUACCCUGUCUACCCCUUCCCCUACAGUUUUGUUGGUUUGCAUAAAUAUUAAUAUUUUUGAUUCCAUAAGCUUUAUAAACAUGUGAAUUCUUCUAGAUUUGAGGAAAAAUGUUUCUAAUGUCUUUUGAAUUGGUCGAUAAAUAAAAUGGAUAUUUCUCAAA